AUGAAGCUGUUUGGGCAAGAAUCGACGUAUCUGUAUGGAAGAAUACUGAACAGGAAGUUCAUCACGCCCUCAGGGUCGUAUGAGAUUGAGCCGUUGAGCAUGGCUACUGGGAUGCAUCCUGUUAGACAUGCCGGAAAGAUAGAGAUAUUCUAUGUGUCCUCGAUAUUCAAUAGCUAUCUUGUGUCCAGCGAGGAAAAUGUCAACGUGCUAUUUUCUGCGGAUGGAAAGGUGACAAUCACCCGUGACGAGGUGGACAAGGAUGUGCUGUAUACCUUCCGAGUUGUCAAGGAAACCAACGAGCUUAGGAUUGCGGAGAUCUACAAGUUUGAUACGUUCUAUCCUGGAUUCAAGACGAGUGGAGAGGUUAAGUGGAGGCUAGACAAGGAUGGAAAGAGAAUCUACAGUGUGGAGACUAGAUAUGGCUCUGGGACUCUACUGCUGCAGAACAACGAUGUGAAGGAUACUGUGAAUGUUGUUCUGUACAAGAAGGAUAGGGAGCUCCACUUUGUGCAGGUCGACGAUCCCAUUGGGGGAGUGGUAAAGAUGACUGUUACUGUUGUGAUGGCCAAUAACAACUAUGGAGUCCGAGACCGCAAUGUCAGAGGAUUUCUUAUCACGAGCAACAGAUACAAGGUUGGGGAUGUUGUGGCAUGCAUGGUCAAGGAGAUCUGCCUGGGGAACUAUCUGUUUGUCGAGCAUGUGGAGCUGAGAAUAGGGUCUGUUGUCGAGGCCCGGAUCAAGGAUUACGGGAAGAGCAGGAUACAGCUUGAGUAUGGAAGCCAUAGCGGCUACAUGCCGAUGGAGGAGUCUGCAAGAAGAAGAUAUGGAGGCCAUGUUCGGGGAGUUGUAUACGAUAUCAGGGAUGGGGUGUUCCUGAUGAGCACCAAGAGAAUGUGUGUGCUGGAGGAUGACUGCAAGGAGGUUGAUCUGUCUGUUCCAUUUGAUGUCUUGGGCCAGGAGGAAGCACCCGGCUUUUCUCUAGAAAAAGAGGUUGGAGGAGAGAACAAAUCUCUGGGGGCGGAAAGGAAGAGAAGCAAGGCUGUCACGGAGGAGGAUAUCCUGAUGGACAUCAGGGCACAUCCUGGAGAAGCCAUGCCUGUGAUCAGGUACAUACAGCACAAGAUCGAGAUUGGAGAAGAGGAAGGGCCAAGAAAGAUAUUCCAUGAGUUCCUUCCCAGAAUUGAGGGAGAGGAGAAGGAUAAUCUCUGCAUCUCGUUUGUGAACUACCUCAUGUUUGUCAGAGAUGCGGAGUGCCUGAGGACAAUAGAAAGGCUGUCGAAGAUAUGCUCUCAAAAGUUCCUGGACGUUGUUGCAUCGAAUACCGACGACAUCGAAGUUCUUAGGCUCUAUUUUGAGAAGACAGGGACGCGGAAGUCGUUCAGAAUGUACCUGGAUGCACUGUUCAGGGUUGACGAGAAGGAGGCGAUGAGCUUUGUUGAAAAGCAUAAGGAAUUCCUUUCGGUAUCGAUUGACAUGAUGUACAAGUACUGUGACAAUCCAAGGGCAUGGGUGGAGAGGUUACUAGCCGACAGGAAGGAUGUCUGGAUGGCAUACAUCAGGAACGAAAGGGGGGCGUAUCUCCGAGGCCUUUACAGGAGAGUUGUCGAGAAGAAGUGGAGGAUAGGCGACAUGAAGGAGUUCUACAAGAUGUGGCUUGAGUACGAGAAGGAGAACAACGGAAACAUCGAGGAGGUGAAGCUAAGGGCCAAGGAGUAUGUUGAAAGCAUCAAGAACAAGUCUGGUGCAUAG